AGUUUUUAAUUUAUAAUAAGUUUUAUUGUUAACGUAAAAUAUUUCAUUCCACCUUAUACAAAUUAAUGAAUCGAUAACCAUUUGCUCGUUUAAAUAGACGCAAUCAUAUGUUAUUGCUGUUAUCAAGACUAUUCUAGGUAAACAAAACGUUGCAAAUUGUCCGGCUAAUAUAUAUAAACAAAAAAGAAUAAAUGCAAGCACAGCGGAUUAUUAUAAUACACCCCGGAUCGCUCUAUGUUAGAAUAGGAAGAGCCUCUGAUCUUAAUCCUAUUACUCUUUUACAUGCAGUAGCGUACCGAAAGCGUGAAUCGACAUCUGCUCAAGAACAUAAAGAUGAGUUACUGCCACACGUGCAAGGUUCAGCCGAAACUCUCACAGAAUUUGAGGAACAAAGGCUACAAGUUUCCCAUUCUAUACAAUCAUAUGCACCACUUCAAGAAACUUACGAACGCAGUGCUAAACGGCUGCGAGUUGCUACGCCACCGCAACAAAUCGCUACUUUCAACAGGCGAAGUGUUCCCGAAGACCUUCCAAUAAUAGACGACAACAACUGCAGCGAAAAAAGUGAAAAUGUAGUUGGACGUGAAAGGCUAUUUGACAAAGAUAUUUUAGCGCUAAACGAAAAAGAUGCAAUUGCUUAUAACGUCCAUUUUCCAAUAAGACGCGGUGAACUAAAUUUGCAUAAAGGUGUGGGUGGUUCUAUGGCAGCAAUCAUAUCUAGCAUGGAAAUAAUUUGGCUGUAUGCAUUAAAAAGUCAUUUAAAUAUUAUGGCAGAUGCAUUACCACAUUAUAGUGCUGUUUUGGUUGUAUCGGACGUCUAUAAUCGUAGUCAUCUACGAGAAUUGACAACAUUAUUAUUACAGCGGUUGAGAUUUCGUUCAUGUUUUUUAUUACAAGAUCAUGUUGCGUCUACUUUUGGGGCUGGACUAAGUUAUGCUUGUGUUGUUGAUAUUGGGGAUCAAAAAUGUUCAAUAUCUUGUGUGGAGGAUGGUAUUAGUCAUCCAGAAACUCGUGUACGACUUUCUUAUGGUGGUGGCGAUGUGACACAAGUGUUUUUAAACCUUCUACGCAAGUGCAGCUUUCCUUACAAAGAAUGUGAUGUAAAAAAAGGUUAUGCAGAUGCAGCAUUAAUAAUGCAUUUGAAAGAACGUUUUUGUCAUCUUACCUUAGAUGUUUGUGGAGCGCAAGAGCGUUGUUUUGAGGUAAAGAAAGGAAAUAAACGAUUACGAUACACUCUUCAAAUAGGUGACGAAUGUGUUGUAGCGCCACUAUGCCUGUUUCAUACAGAACUACUUAAUAUUACUGGCAAAACGAAGCAAGCUAAAGUUCAACUGCGAAGUAGUCAACAACCGGAUCCAGAA